AUGUCGUCCCCUAAGAACUCCUGGAUGAGCGAUGAAACGGGAGAGGAGAGGAGAGUGGAAACCGUGCGUGCUGAUGUGUACGAAGCUGAAGAUUCAGAAGCAGGUCAGGUGCUUAGCUGGGUUGCACUCACACACCAGUAUAUCAAGAAUCCAUUCACAAAGGCAGGCAGGAAUGCUGCAGUGAACAUUCAGACUUGUCCCUCCGGUACAAUUUGUCGCCUCUACAACGAUUUAACAACAGCCAUCAUUUCCACCAAGUGCUUAAAGUUUGGCUUCUGUCCCGACCCUCUGUGGGGGGAGCAGCAAGGGGGAGGCAAGGCCCAGUGUCAAAGGUUGUGUGAGGAGGACACGGAGUGUCCAGGAUUACAGAGAUGCUGUACCGACCUGUACGGUUGUGGCAGACAAUGUCGAGACCCUCUUCCUGAGUACACCUGUGAUACCAAGAAAUGCGAGGAGGGUCAGUCGUGCAUCAUGGAGAGGACAAAAUGUAGCGGAGAAAAUUGUCUCGUGGCCACGUGCGUCAACGCCACCUGCAGUCCUCCAUGUGGCGAAGACCUCAACUGUGAGAUGGACGUGAACCCCACGUGUACCACAGGCCGGUGUCCGCUCAUCUGCCGCUGUCUGCCAAAACAACCAGUAUGCAUGCCCAUGUGCGAUGACGGGUAUUCCUGUAUCCUGACUCAACCACCCGGCUGUGCCUCACCGCCCUGUCCUAAAGUACCCCGGUGUCGACCCCAAUGCGACCCUCACCCUGGGGGCAUCAACGAGUCCAGCUGUGGCGUGUAUGAUGUCUGUACCCCGAAUCCAGCUCCCGGUCAAAGGCUCUGCUCCAAGAGUUCGGUCUGCUGUCGUACAAUAUGCGGGUACCGCUGUACUCCAUUACCCCGCUAA